AUGGCCUCGUCACAGACCAACAUCAUCUUGGAAAACGAUGUUUUCGAGUCGUACCGCACCCAGACCCCAUCGUUGCUUUCCUAGUUGGGCCUUGACUAUUGGGUUGGUGGAGAUGGCAGAGUGAUACUCCUGCAUGAGAUCGCGUGGGUGGACCUGCUGACGCGGGCAGCUGCCCUUGCUAUAAACAUGACAAGAUGUCAUAUGUCUACAUGUACUAGCAGGUACGUACUGCGCAUCAACACCACGACUCUGAUAUACUCGCUUCCGCUUUCUCGACGUCGAACCGCCAUCAAACCAACAAAGCGACAAAGCCAACGCCAGCCUUUCAUCAACUUGUUGAGGCUUACCGUGGCGAACCGCACAGGACUGUCAGCACGCGUGCAACGGGCCGCAGCUUGUGCUAGUCCCACCAAUUAUCACGACGUCGGUAUCACUGGCCAUUUGCCUCGGCAAACAGUACAUAUCUCGCUCCCAAGCUUCCAGCCUGUUAGUGGAGGUCGAAAGAGGCAAACAACGAGGACGCAUCGCGCACUGCCCUAUCAGGAAGUAAGCGUGGGAUCUCCAGCUGGCAUCGCCGCUGCCGAGACCUGGCGACAACCCUCUGGACAGGCGGUGAACUACACCGUGCUCUCACCUGUGAGAAUCGAAUGGAAAGCGCGAACGGCUGACCCUCGUCAUAAACGAAAUAAAUCACCCAUGCAACGGCCGAUGAUAGACAUAUCAUUCAGUACACUGCGGAGCUUUUCAUCCUUGAAAAUCCCGAUAUCUUGACAAACACCCUCGCCUUCUUCAGUCUGCCGUCGGGUCUCCACCGCCGUAUAGCCGAUACGAUUUCGCUCAAACAUAUACCAUCCCAACACACUAUUACCACCAGAAGCGUCAGGGUCACCAUGCCACACCACAUUACCAACAGCGUCUUUGCACGUACAAGCCUAACAACUUGCGACGUCUUCGUCAUGGCUCUCGCACAC